CUGACGCAGUUGAGCAUCAUGGCGGCUGCUAUUGAAAGAUUGCUAGCAGAAAUAGCCGAAGUGGAGGAUCCAGUUGAGGGACUCAGAAGCCUUAGGACGGCUGUUUUCGCGACACCUGUUAGCUCUUUGAGGGAAACUUUAUCCGUCGCGCAGUUGGGAAUCAUUUUCUCGCUGCUGAACACAAAUGAUAAGGAGCAGAUAGAAAUAUGUGUGGAGAUCCUGGGACGAGUCUUGGAGGUAUUAGAUCCUGCCCAACUGGCUCGUGACUGCAAGACGGAGCUUCAGAGUGGACUUAACCAUCCAGAUAAUUCAGUCAAAGUGCUCGCUCUCACUCAGAUUGGGCGUGUGGUCGGCAAUGUGGAUGGGAUAGCACAGGUGAUGAAUAAUCCUGAGAUUCUACAAGAAGUGAUCCAGUGCAUGGGGGCAGAAAGUAUAGGUGUAUCUAAAGAGGUGAUAUCUGCCCUCAGCAAGCUGUGCAACACAAAGACAGGGCUUGACGCUCUGUUCCGCUCCGAUUUGUUAAACAAGCUCAAAGACGUGAUGGCAAUGAGUGACAUUGUCAGAUUCAGAGUGUAUGAGCUGGUGGUAGAGAUUUCAUCUGUGUCCCCUGUCUCAUUGGGUUACUGUGCCAGCAACAGCUUUGUCACUAAACUUCUUGAGGAACUGACUGGAGACGAUGUUCUAAUCAGAGCAACGGCUAUAGAGAUGGUCACCAGUCUGGCUCGGAGCCAACAUGGCCGUCAGUACCUGGCACAGCAGGGAAUCAUGGAUAAACUAUCUAACAUGAUUGUGGCUGCGGACUCUGAUCCCUUCUCCAGUUUGUACCUGCCAGGCUUGGUAAAAUUCUUUGGGAAUCUGGCCAUCAUGGAUAGUCCCCAGCAGGUGUGUGAGAAUUACCCAGCAUUCCUCAGCAUGGUGUUUGCCAUGGCAAUGUCUUCAGAUCCCUCACAGAUACCUGUUGCCCUGGAUACACUGGGAGUGCUGGGAGGCACUGUCGAGGGCAAACAAGUCCUGCAUAAAACAGGUGAACAGUUUAACAAAGUGCUAAAGCAAAUGAGUCGGUUAGCCAAAGAUGGAGCUACUGAACUCAGAGUGAGGAGUCUGGAGGCCAUUGCUCAGCUACUCACACUACCAGUGGAGCAGCAGACGGAUGACUUGUUGUCGCUAACGGAGUCCUGGUUCUGCUCUUUGAGCUCAGAGCCAUUGGAAAUGAUCAGGAACAUCAGCACCCAGCCAUUCCCUGAGUUACACUGCAGCACAGUACGCAUAUUCACUGCGAUUGCAUGCCAGGCCUGGGGCCAGCGAUUGAUGAUGUCAUCACCUGGAUUUGCUGAAUGGGUGGUGGAGCGCUCCGUUAGUAAAGGAAAGGAGGCAAAAGACUGUAAAUUUGAGCUUGUCAGGGCUCUGUUAAGCUCAUCUAGCACACAAGAAAUCUUUGGUGCUCAAAAUUAUUUAAAGCUGAAAACCUACCUAAGAGAGGGGCCCUACUACGUCACCGCCAUAGCCACUGUCACCACUGAGGGAGCAGAUUGAUUAAAAAAAGCCAAACAUUGAUUAACAUU